AUGGACCCGUGGGAUCAGAGCUCAGGUGGGGGGGGGCUCGGGCCAUGGAGUGAGCUUGCCGCGAUUGAUUCUGAUAGCUCUGACUCGAGCCAAAAUGAGAGCCACAAUGAGAGCCACAAUGAGAGGCAGAAUGAGAGGCAGAAUGAGAGGCAGAAGCAGAGUGAGAUGCAGAGCCGGCCAUGGGGUCAGAUCUCGCCUACCGGGCAGACUGACGUGUUUGUGGUGCGCCCCGCCUCGCCGUCAGAGGAUCUAGGAACCAGCGAGGAAUCCAACGCCAAAUUAUCUUCUAAAAACGCAUCAAAGCCGUCCGCUAAACCCGACUCCGCCAAGCCAUCCGCGCAGCCGUCCGCGCAGCCCUCCGCCAAGGCGUCCGCGGGGUCCCCCCGCGAGCGCGCGCGCGCCAGCAGCUCCCUGCACCGCAAGCUGUCGCGCACGAGCAGCGGAGGAGGCGGGGCGGACGUAGGGGAUGGGGGGGGUAGUGCUGUGGGAGUGGGGGGUACUACUGGGGGAGGCGGCACUGGGACAGGCGGUUCUGGUGAAAGCGGUGGUAACGAAUCGUCCUUCCUCCCGCGAGGGUAG